AUGGCGAAAUCUACGAUGAUGUUGCUGAUUUUCGUCUGCAUUGUUCUUCCUCAAUUUCUGGAAACCAGCGCUGACGACUACACUAUCCUUCUUACUUACAAUACUGACGUCAACAACAAAACCGCUCAGAACCACUUCGAUAAAUUGGCCAACACCUGCAAAAUGCUACAGAACAAUUCGCUUACUUUCAAGACUUUCCCCACACUCGAAAAUGGUAUCGCCCUAGAAGGCCUUAGAAAGUGUAAGUUUCCUCCAUUUUAUCCUCUGAAACUACUCUCGAAUUUGAGCGUGGUUGGCGUACUGGGUGCGGAGAACUACUUUCUCCGACUGCUUGACACGACUCCGAACAGCAAUUGUAGUGGUGCAAAUUUGGAUGCCUCAACGCUGGACGUCUCGAUGACCCGCAUGCUGGAAGUUGGCGUGGCCUACCUCAACUUUCUGCGAAGCCUCCAGAACACUGUUGAUGCCGUCCGCAUCACACAGAGCGAAAGCACAAUCAUCGCGCUGCCAAAGUACUUCAGUGAGUACUCAUCUUUCUUUUAA